AUGGCAAUCGAAGAAGGUCAGGGUGAGGUGCAAGAAUCAAUACUUACAGAACUACUCCGGAAACCGAAAUGCCAAUACCGAACUCUCUUCGCUGAACUCUCUUAAGGUUUUCAAUUUUUGUUAUGUGCACACAAGUAGUAGAGCUGUUUUUUAAACAACAUUGAUUUCUGACUUGUAUUUCUUAUAUAGCCUUGAUGCACUUGAUUAACAAAUUUUGCAAAAGAAUCUAAACCUGAAAAUGUAGAAGCGACAGGAAGUAAUAUGAACGACUGCAAUUACAUCUUAUCUGGAAAACUGUAACAGUCUGCCAAAGUCCUAGAGUCUGCUAGUUGUAGCGAAAAAGAAGCAUUCUCACUAGUCAAUGAUUAUGUACAAACUUGACACUUGGGGCACAUUCGUCAACGUUUCUGCUCGCGAAUUCCUGCCUGCUUCAAGACGCACAAAUAAAAUGAAACGAAAAACCCCUUGAACUUGAACUUGAACGAAAACCCAUUCGCCAUACAUUUGCAUUGUGCUGCUCAGGAAAUCCAACGAAGCUGAAGGUAAAAUCCUACGGAAGUCGUCGUCGUGACCUUCGCGUGCCUUGCGAGCCAGAAACCUCUGCCUGUGAGUGUCCUGUAUCCGACCUUGUCCGAUAUUUAACAAACCCUUCAUCUAAGUAAGCAAAAGCAUUUUGUUCAAAAUGAAAGCGAAACUGUUGAAGAAGACCCUUGUUGUACCGAACCAUCGCACGCGCAUCAACAUGAUAGGAUGGAGAAGCGCACGCUUAUCGUACUCCUUUGCAACGCCCACUGUGAUUCCCACGUUUUGCGCGCGUCAGUACUCGUCGAGCAGAUCAUGCAGACCAUGCUUUCGUUUUUCAGUGGGAUAGCCUGACGAGCAAGCACAAGCGCAGGCUAGGAUCAUGUCUGGUGUGCUUCAUCUCAAGCCCUGAAGACGUGUCUCUCGACCCCUCAUGUGAUUCCUUGCAUAUUGACCACAAUUGCGGUGGGUCAUAGCCGUUGGAUUUGAUGGUGGGUCAUCGAUGCAUAGGAAGAUGCACAGUGACCGGUGGCAAUUUUGACUACGACGUGUCUCACAACGUUUAUUUUGCUCACAAAAAGAAUUGUAGAAGAGGAGUCAUCUUCAAAGUUCAGGAAGCUGUUUCAAAUUAUACGGUGCUUUACUACAACAUUCCUCCAUGACGACAGAAC